UCGAAAGUGAGAAACCCACGUUAUUUAUCCAUUAAUUACAGCCCCCAAAAAUCUUUUAUAAAAUGAGACCGGGUCCAUAAUCGAAAGAUUCGCUCAAGAAGACCACACCCUCACCAAAUCUCUAGCGAAUCCUUCAGAUUUCAAGAUCGAAAUAAUCCGGAUCCGAAUCGAUCUCUCUUCCCUUCUCGGGUCUCGCGACCUGCUGUGAUCUUUCACAUCCCCUCACCGUCUAUAAAAAAAAAUCACCAGCCCCGAUCGUUUUACUUCGUUACCUGCGGUGGGUGGUUGAGCUGAAUGGAUAUGUCUUCGGUGAGAGGAGGAGGUAGCCUUACCGGCGGAGAACCGAACGGGGAUGUGCACGUCUUGGCCGUGGAUGAUAGCUCGGUUGAUCGCGCGGUGAUCGUACACAUCCUCCGUAGCUCUAAAUAUCGAGUGACGGCGGUGGAUAGUGGGAAGAGAGCCUUAGAAAUGCUGAGCACGGAGCCGAAUGUAAACAUGAUCAUCACGGAUUAUUUUAUGCCGGAGAUGACCGGGUUCGAGCUGCUUAAGAAAAUCAAGGGAUCGUCGCUGCUGAAGCAAAUCCCUGUUGUCGUCAUGUCGUCUGAGAACAUUCCCCACAAUAUCCACAGAUGUUUGGAGGAAGGAGCAGAGGAUUUCUUGCUUAAGCCGGUUCGACCGUCCGACGUGUCGCAGUUGUGUAGCCGCGUGCUACGAUGAGGACCGUCCAAUGUGUCUGCGGUUGUGUAGUCGCGGUGCGAUGAGAACCGUCCGGUCUUCACUUUGUUUAAAGAGGAAAAAAAAAAAAGAAAGAAAAUAGUUUGAACUUUUUGUAUCCCGACAAUUUUGUCCUUGGAAAAAAGUAGAUUAAUUAUAUAGGCUUGGUGAAAAGUAGAUUAAUUAUAGUAGGUUCGAU